AUGCUCGAGGAUCUCCUCUACGAAAUCAUACCGGUUAUCGGGUUUAUCAUCUGCUCCACUUCACUAUUCACACUCUACAUUUGUCAAAAAAUCAAUCAAAACCUUCGAUUUUGUCAAUUUUUCGCGAUUUGUGAUUUGUUGUGUGGAAUCGCCGCCAUCUACAGCGGAUUUCACGGCGUCCUCGUGACCAUUUAUGGAAGCUCAUUGGAGAAUGUGGCACCGUUUGAUUGCAUUUACACAUCGCUUGAUAUUCCGUUGUUCUUCUACACCGACUUCUUCCAUAUCGUUCUGUUGUGCUUCGCUUCUUUCGACAGAUUCGUCCAGAUAUUAAUUCCGGUUUCGUAUGGAAAGACGCGUGACAAUUCAACAAUUCGAAUAAGCAAUUUAUGUCGAUUUGACGACGUCAUCGGCGAUGAGUACUAUCUUCGUCAUAUUCUCACCGUUCAAUGGGCGCCGAUCGGAUGCCUCUGCUUAUUAUCAUUCACCCUUUUGAUCUACUGCAUUAGGCAGUCGAAGCAUCGCUGGAGCUACAAUUGGUCGGAGAAUACCGCGGUGACGAAGCAGCUUUUCGCUUCAAUCUUCAUCCGAUGUUUCCUCACCGGCCUGUCCGUCCACGUGCCGCUGUUGUUCGUUGCUCGAACCGUCGCCGGCUACGAGCUUCAAUCGCUUCGCGACCACAUCAUUCGCAUCUCGUUCUGGGUGUUUGUGAUCAUCUGCCAGCCGCUCUGGCACCUCUUCAUUCUCUCGAAUUUCCAAAACAACGUGCAUUCGAUGUUCAACAAAUACUCGGAGAACACCGAACGAAAAUGGCAGAGUGCUACUGAUCCACCGCCGGAUCAAAACACUCACUAUGAUCGCCAUGGAUCGCCGAAUCCAUUCGGAUCGUGGUAUUCGACGACAGGCAACAUCGCCGGUGAAGCGGGCGUCCCAAUCGGAAACGAGCGAUCCGUCAGCUUCUACUAUGACGCCUAA